AUGGAUGAUACUAUCGAGCAACUAUCAUGCCGAGUGGAAACUCUUAAAUCUAAAUUGGCGAAUCAAAAGCCAAAAUCUUUAGUGGAACAAUUGAAUGACCUCAACCUGCGUCUAAAUAAAUUAUAUGACUCGAAUCCAGAUUACAAGAAACUUGAAAAGUUGAUUAGCGACCUUCGAAUCAAAUCGAAAUGUCAACAAGUGAUAAACAGUUAUCUCAAAAAAGAAUAUAACAAAAUUGAAAAUGAUAAAGUCGAACAUGACGACAAGGACAAGAAUAAGGAGGAAAGUUUUGCACAACAGCUAAAGGAGGAAGAGCUCCUAUUAUAUUACGGAGAUAUCAUUGCUCAAUACCCGGCAAUGGUUGAGCUUGAACAAAUGGGGUACCAAUCAUUAAUAGACAAGAUCAAUACCUUCAUAUCGAAUCGAAAUUUUAGGCCAAAUAUUAUAAACGUACCUGAUAUUCUACGAGCAAGGGAAAAUGCAAUAACUGACAUUCAAACAUGGCAUACGAUGUUGUUACUCAAAUCCAUGACAAUUUAUGAGAAAUACAUGGAUCUAAUAAUAAAUUCGAAUAGAUUCUGGACAGAGACAGAAAAUAAGUUGACUGAGUACAGCAGAACAUUACGUAAAUUGCAAAGAGAAAGAAAACAAAACGAUAGAUACUAA